AUGGCCGAGGUCGAGAACGCCCCGAUGGACGACUCUUUCGCUGCGUCUGAGGCUGCAGACGAUCAGUCUCAUAACGUGACGGCCAGCGCGACGGUCGGUACGAGACGUCAAGCAAACGGCACGAUUGGGUCAGUGUACUCCGGAAAUAAGAUUAGGCAUCUUAAGAAGGAGGAUGGUAUCCCACUGUGGCGCAAAGACAUCCAGUACCAGUUCCUCAAGCUCGUCUUCGAGGACAAGACCGCCGUGUUCACGCGAUACCCCGAUGGCAAAAAGAAUUGCGACUUUGCCGACAUCUACAUCGACGCCAUGGCUAGGAGCAGCAAGACGAGCAAAAUCCUCAAGGACAAGCUGCAGAGUGACAAGCCAGCGGCUAUCAGCAUGGCCAUGGUCUGUCUGUUGGUCAAUUUUGGCCGCAUGAAUACAACCCUCAACUUCUUCCCAGAAAUGCGUGCCCAGUUGCGAACCUAUCACUCCAUUCCUUCUCUCCAAGCCCACCAAGACUCCAAUGCUUAUAAGCAACUGCAGGACGCUCCACGUUUGAAGUCCAUCCUGAAGGGCGCUUCGGAGGAUGUGGAUCAACCUAAUACCUUGGAUAAGAUUAAGCGACAGGCCAUCCCCCGAACGAACCCGGUUAAUCUUAUCUUUGUGUUGGCACAAUAUGCACCGAAAGUGUCUGAGAUGCAUUUCUUCCCCCCUCGCGACUUCUUCGACUUGGUCAUGAGGUCAACAUUGAGCAGCGAAACUCGUGCUAAAGCAUUUUUGUGGCUUAUGUGGUGGUACUUGGAAAGUGACUUUACCCGUGAAUCUGCGGAGACCAAUCCUUUCGGAGCUGGCUUGGAAGGCGAAGGCACCGAUGGCCUGCCUGUGAAGGUUCCUGCCUUUGAGAGCCUGACCGAGGAACAGGCAAAUUUAGAGAAUGUGGAUACACCGGAGGAGUUGGAAUAUGGUGAAUCCAAGCGACUUGAACGGAAGCGGAUCCUAGAGGAUGAUGAGCCCUUGCCCCGUGUUCCGAAACGUCCGAAGAAAGAAUACGGCCUGGACGAAGAUUCCUUCGCCGGAGACUACUCUGGCUUGGGAGGUCGUGGCUCUGCUAUGUCUACCCCACUUCAUCCAUCUGCUAAGCGCAGCUUGGAUGAGGAUGAUGAGGAGAUGACUCCUGGUUACUCCUCACGACCACGCAAUAAGCAAGCCAAACGAGACUCGUCCCUCAACCGCGCGGUGGGUCAGCAGCGGCUCAUUUUGAAGACCAGAAUGGAUCACACCCCCGACGCUUCACCUGCGCCCCCGGGUUCCAACCAUCCAGUGCUGAACCGUUUCAUUCCCGAACCAUCCCUCUCCCAGGCCUCGGGACGUCGGCCUCGACCCCUCACACAGCACCAAAUUGCCGUUGAGCAGAACCGCAGACAGCGCAUUGAGUACCUGCUUGCUAAGCGUAAGAGCAACGCAUAUCGUGUCCUCCGCAACAAGCGGAACAACGAGAUCCCAUUUGCCCGAUACGGUCGUCUUCUGCAGAAUUUACCAGAGGGAUAUGAUACCGAGGACGACGAGCACUCAUUCGGCAAGGGUGGCCUGCUUCCAAACCCCAAGGAAGAGGAUGACUAUGGCGAGUGCGCCAAUUUCUUCCUCUCCGUGGUCCGGAAGGCCUCUCGUCGACUUGACAGGUGGGACUAUGAAGACGCCAACGGACCCAAGAAGGACCGCCAAAAGGAGCGCGAGGAGCGUCAAAAGGUCAAGGCCGCUCUCGAGGCGGACGUACGAGCUGCCACCAACCGGGCCCGCCCGCGUGCACCACGCGGUGCUGGGAAACGCAAGUCCACUGGUCCUACAUCCACCAGCAGCGCUGCCAAGAAAAUUGCAGGAGCUCGCACUAAGGGUGGUCGCAGCCGUCUCGCUGGUGGAGGUGUUGGAACACCAGCUGCAGGCACUCCGAUCUGGGACCCCGAAAAUGCUGCCGGCGACGAGGAGAUUGACGGAGAGCUGGACGAGCUUGACCGUGAGCUUCUCGGCGAGGGAUCUGGCGAAGAAGACGGAGUGCCGCGCGCAGGAGAAGGGGAGGGCGAUUUCUCGGAUGAGACUGGUGAUGACGAGGGCGACGUGGACGGCGAUGAGAAUUCGUCUACCUACGACGGCCCCAAUGGCUAUGCACGUCACGAGAGCUCAUCUCCAGUGCCGGAAGGCAGGCGCGACGGUGGAGAUGACGCGAUGGAGGAUUAA